CACCCCAGGAUCAAGACGUUUCGGGACAUUAUUUAGAACCAAAGCAGCAACGGCUUUAUUCGUGAUACAAGGCAAUAUCAAUACGCCCCUAAUUAACUGUGCCCUUAUAAAUAUCGAUCUAACCCCAAACACAGAUUCAAGAGAUUCCCCCCACCUGAGUUAUCAAUAGGCACGUAUUAUUGCUCAUCUUCUCUCAUCAUCAUCUUCCGCACCUUCUCCCUCCCUCCGUGUCUGUCCAUCUCCUCCCUCUGCUUCCCUUUUUUUUUUUCUUUUACGCACAAAACAAACCGGAGCGCGCGCACACGGCUGUGGGAGAAACCGGGAGACACAAUAGAGCAUAUUUUUUGGGGGGAAUCAUCAUGGUGUUGGAAUCUCGUCCGUGAGCAAAGUGCGAGGUAGCUGAUGUGGACGAUCCGUUCGAUCGCCUCUGUUCAGUCACACGAGAGCUGGAAGUUCCGCUGGAUUUAAAUGUUGCCAACCGAGAUUUCAGGAGGAGUGUGUUUCACCUCAAGCGAUCACACCGAGGGAAGGAGAGAGGGAAUGAAAACUGAAGAGAACCAGCAGUCCUGUCUGCAACAGCCUCCGUCCUCCACGCCUUUUGGUGCCGAUUUCAGAGGAGGGGGAGAAGUGUGCGCGGGCUGCGAGUCUCCCAUCGCCGACCGCUUCCUGCUGCGCGUGAACGAGCGGUCCUGGCACGAGACCUGCGUCAAGUGCGCCGUCUGUCUGAGCGCACUCACCGGGACCUGUUACUGCAGGGACCGUCUGCUGUACUGCAAGCAUGACUAUGAAAAGCUCUUUGUAAGGAAGUGCAGUGCCUGCCUGCAGGUCAUUGGACGCUCCGAGCUGAUAAUGCGUGUGCUAGGCCAGGUAUACCACCUGGGCUGCUUCAGCUGCUGCGAGUGCGAACGCCGACUGCAGAGAGGUGAUGAGUUUGUGCUGAAAGAAGGCCAGCUGCUCUGCCGCAUGGACUAUGAAAAGGAGAGGGAAAUGCUUGCUGCAAUUAGUCCUGCUCCAACUGAAUCAGUAAAAAGCGAGGAUGAAGAUGGCGGGGGAGGCUCUGGCAGUGGGAAAGGUGGUGAUGAAGGCAAAGAGCACAAGCGUUCGAAACGACCACGCACCAUCUUGACUACACAGCAGCGGCGAGCUUUCAAGGCCUCCUUUGAAGUAUCAGCCAAGCCAUGCCGAAAGGUGAGGGAGACACUGGCUGCUGAGACGGGCCUGACAGUGCGGGUUGUGCAGGUGUGGUUUCAAAACCAGAGAGCUAAGAUGAAAAAGAUAGCUCGCCGACAGCAGCAACAGCAGCAGCAGCAACAGGAACAAGAGCAACUGGGAGGGACCAGGAGAGGACCUAGCAGAGGGGGCCGCCAAAGCAACGAUGACAGUGAGGAUGGAUCUAGUACUCACGGCAUGGACAGCAUGCUAGGAUACCCGUCUCUGCCACGUCAGCAGCUACUUUCUCUGGACCCCAACAUCUACGGAGGAGAGCCAUUUCGUCAUGGGCUGACGCCUCCUCAACUAAACAGUGAGCAGAUCCACUCAUAUGACUCGGAGACAGUCUUCCAUGAUUUGGACAGCGAUGGAAGCCUCAGUCACCUUGGUGAUUGUCUCUUGGCAACAGGAGAAGGCGGUCUUCUGGCAGGACGAGUAGGAAACCCCAUUGACCGUCUCUACUCCAUGCAGAACUCCUACUUCACCUCCUGACCCUUAAAAACUCUCUUCUUUACCCCUCCUGUUCCACCUUUCGCCCCAGAGAAGCAACCCAUCUAUGGGACUAUUCUGAAUUAAACUGGCUAGAGCCAAACAUACGUCUGAGCUUUUAUCACUGGAACACAUCAUCACAAGUCAGACGGUCAUAAUAUCACUCUGCUAAUGUCCUCUCAUGCUUUCCUUAAGAAGAAUCAUAUGCUGGAAAAAUAGACACUGUAAAUGUCCAUGACAAUGGCCUUCUAUUUUUUUCCCCCAUUGUAUUUAUGCCAUACUCACUGAAACAUAUUUGAUUUCCCUUUCCAACAGAAAAAAAGACGGCCACGCAUAUACCAAUCAGUACCCUACAUUUAAAUAAGUUGCAGAAUUUCAAGGAAUCAGUCAAGUUAAAUGUAUGUAGGGAGUAGUACUAGUUACAAGCAUUUGGGAGUCUAAACUAUUUUAGUACGUUGGUGAGAUAACUUUGUUUUGUCUGGAUUUAUUUUUAAUCAAUGUGUGGAUGGCUGCAACAUAUACAAGAGUAUAUGGAUUGGACUACAGUUUUGCUCUCAGGUUAGUGUGUAUGUUUUUGUGACCUGAGUCUGAUCUCAGGAAAUUGUGCUGGAUAGAAUGAUAACUUUAACUUCCCUAGUAUUUCAAAUAGCAUUUUUUUUUGACACAUAACAGCUAAAAAAAGAAGUGGACCAAAAACGCAAUCUUUUGCAUUUUGAAAAUAGAUGACCCUUCAAGGUCAUUUGGAAAGCCUUAAGCAGAAACAGGGUUGUAUAAGUGAUCGUUACUUUAGUUUACACUUUUAUAAUAUUAGUGCUGUAAAUUACAACCAAAAGACAAACUCUUGCCCAAAUCUUAGGACACCAAGUCCACGAUGAUAAAUUACAACUGUAAAUCUGAGAAUGACUGUGUUACACAUAAUUGUUGCAAUCACUUUCUGUAAUGAUUUCCUUUGUCAAGAAUAUCCUACUAGACACUGUUGGGUAGACAUUUUGUACCUUCUGUGAUAAUCAGCAAAUGUUUAAACUAUAGCAUGAUAUUUGUGUGCCACAAAGUAGAUCUAUAGAACUAGAAUCCAAUUUUAUUUUGGAUAGCAAAUGUUGCAGAAAGGAUCAGAACAGACCCAUCCUGUGGCACAGCAUUAAAAGAAAAAGAAAAAAAAAAGAAUUAGGAUGAUACCCGCCUCAUUCAGACAUCAGUGAUCUGCCAGAGCCUGGGAUACUCUCAAGAAUUUUUUUUGGUUUCUGAUAAUACAUGGUGUUUUUACUGUGAUAUUAAUGUGAAUGUAACUUAUUUGUGUGGUAGUAGAUGACAUUUUAUCUAUUUUGUUCAGUGACAGCAAGGUGAUGUGCUUUGAAUUUAAUGUUCCUGUAUCUUAAAUACAAUCUGCAGUUUUGCCUUUAAAGUAAAAUUGGCUUUAUUGUCAUUGAUACAAUAAAAAAAAAUGAAAUACC